AUGAAGAUCUUUACAGUGAUUCUGUCCCUGCUGCUCCUAAUCAUCGCCUGUAGCUUCCAGGUGCUGCUGGCUCAGCCAGCUGCAGUUUCUGUUCCGAGCACUUGCUGCGUUAGAAUGCUCAACAGGAAGAUCUCUGUGAAGAAGUUGGUGAGCUACACAAAAAUCACAAACAAACAAUGUCUCCGGGAAGCUGUGAUAUUUAAAAUGAAACAGGGCAAAGAGAUCUGUACGGACCCCAACAAGAAGUGGGUACAGAAUUCCAUGAAGCAUCUGGAUCAAAAGUCCCAAACCUCAAAGCUUUCAACGGUCACACCUGCACUAAAAGACCGAGUCUGA